CGGGUACUGUGUGUGCGUUACGCGUUACGCGUUGCGCGUUACGCGAGUGACGCGUUACAGGGUGUAUGUGAGAGUGUAAGGCAAGUAACGCUCCAUAGGCGAGUCUAGGAAUGUCGGUGAUGGGAAGAAAUGAUAAGUCGUAACCGUGACAUUAAAACGAUUUUUGGUAAUAACAAGACGUUAAUGCAUUCAUUACUCUCUCACGAUGAUUUACAUUCUAGUUUAUUCUAUUUUAGAAACAUUUUGGUAGGUUUAAAACACAAUACUAUAUUUUAAUCUCUCUAACUAGCGUUUUGGCAUAAUAUUUUGAGAAAAUUAUGUUUUGCGUUUACAAUAGGUAUUGACAAAAACCAGAGUUAGUCGUGUGGAAAUGUGGGUUCUCUAACAAAACGUGAGUAGUGUAAAAAUGUGGUUUAUAGAACACUAAAGUGGGCACCGGGGUGUCGUAUGCCUCCUCCACGGCACGCGUCCAAUGUCCACCUCGGCCCGGCGCUUCGUCCAGAGUCUUACAGGUCGACGACAGUCAAGUCCCGGGGACACAGCGGCAUCUUCCACGCGCCUCGUGCACGGCCAUCAUGAGCUUGACGAGAUAGCCGUCGUCUCCUGCAACGCCACCCCUAGCCAGGUCAAGUAUGGCAGUGGGCCUUUGUCUGCGGCCGCCAACGGCCCGAGGAUUGUGCCUGGUAUUAUUACGUCUACCGGGCGUAUGAUCGGGGAGCGUCUGAGCGCAUCCGGUACAAGACUUGACACCGGCAGCCCAGUGGCCUACGUGUCCGGAGGCAACCGUAGCAGCAACGAGUCGCUCAAGCCCAGCAGGGCGCUCAAGUCCGUGUCUCGACAAAGCCUGCUGGACAUAGUCAGCUCCAGGCUCGGCGUCGGCAGGAGCAAACAGCACCAGGUCCAGAGAUACUUUUCCUCCUCGCGAGACUCCUUGUCCGCCGCAUACAUCAACCGAGCAGCAGUCUCGUCGGCCUCAGAGCUCGACCUCAGUCGCAAGGUUCGCCGGCGCGACCUCCGAGGUCGCCUCAAACUCCCUGCCUCCGUGGCACAGACCGAGACCUCCCGGUGGACUGGCGGCCCCAGGAACUCCUCCGGGAACAUCAACGGCACGGUGACGUCCACCGAGACCCGUUACAACACCCGGCGCCCACCCAGGGUACGGACCAAUCACAAGUGGUCUUUCGUGUUCGACCCCGCUGGUCGUCUCUGCUACUACUGGUCUAUGGUCGUGUCUCUCGCCUUCCUCUACAACUUCUGGGUCAUCAUCUACAGGUUCGCCUUCCAGGAAAUUAACAGAGACUCGAUUCUCGUCUGGUUCUGCCUCGACUACCUCGCAGACCUCCUCUACCUCGUCGACAUCAUGUUCCACUUCCGCACGGGUUACCUAGAGGACGGAGUGCUACAAACAGACUCGACUAAGCUGAGACAUCACUACAUGAACUCCACCACCUUCUACAUCGACUGUCUCUGUCUGCUUCCGUUGGACUUCCUCUAUCUCUCCAUAGGCUUCAACAGCAUCCUCCGCUCCUUCCGGCUCGUCAAGAUCUACAGGUUCUGGGCCUUCAUGGAUAGGACCGAGAGACACACGAACUACCCUAACCUCUUCAGAUCGACCAGCUUGAUCCACUACCUCCUCGUGAUCUUCCACUGGAACGGAUGUCUGUUCCACAUCGUCUGCAAGAACAAUGGGUUCGGCAGCAAGAACUGGGUGUUUAUGGACAGUGAGAGUGCUGAUGUUGUGAAACAGUACCUCCAGAGCUACUAUUGGUGUACUCUCGCCUUGACCACCAUCGGGGACCUGCCGCGGCCUCGCAGCAAGGGAGAGUACCUGUUCGUCAUCCUCCAACUGCUCUUCGGACUCCUGCUGUUCGCGACGGUCCUGGGUCACGUGGCGAACAUUGUCACUAGUGUCAGUGCGGCGAGGAAGGAGUUUCAAGAUGGCUCCAACUUAACCAAGCUGGAUGGAGUGAAGACCUACAUGCGGAUGAGAAGAGUUCCGAACCAUCUUCAGGUGAAAGUAAUCAAAUGGUUCGACUACCUGUGGCUCACACAGAAGUGUUCUGACGAGGAGAAGGCAGUCAGCUGUUUACCAGACAAGUUGAAGGCUGAAAUCGCCAUUAACGUUCACCUGGACACUCUCAAGAGGGUGGAGAUCUUCCAGAACACCGAGGCAGGCUUCCUGUGUGAGCUCGUCCUCAGACUGAGGCCUGUGUUGUUCUCUCCCGGGGACUAUAUCUGUAGAAAAGGGGAAGUGGGCAAGGAGAUGUACAUAGUCAACCGAGGCCGCCUACAAGUUGUCGCCGACAACGGUAGGACUGUCCUGGCCACUCUCAAAGCAGGAUCUUACUUUGGCGAGAUCUCCAUCCUGAACAUGGGCACCGCAGGCAACCGAAGAACGGCGUCCGUGAGGUCCGUGGGCUACAGUGACCUCUUCGUCCUCUCCAAGAAGGACAUGUGGGACGUGCUGAAGGAGUACCCAGCGGCGAGAGUCAGACUGGAGGCAAUAGCGGUCAAGAGACUGGAGAAAUACAAAAGGGCGCCUUUAGAGAAAGCGGCCAUGGGCAGGAGUCAGUCCACGCCUGGCCUGGUAGAGACUAAGGGGCGAGUACCCCUGGAGGAGAUGUGGGUGUCACCACUGCCUCCUCUAGAUCCUGUACCUCCUCUCUCGGCCGCCACCUCUGGGCCUCCGCCCUCCGCCUACACCUCUAACUCGCUCUUCAGCCCUGCGCUGAGUCCCACGACAGCUAGUAGAUCGCAGCACACCAACGCAUCGCCGCUGUCCAUCCUGUCCAGCGAACACACCUCCGAAGAGCAAUCCUGCCACCACGUGCCUCUCUCCCAGAACACUAAACCACCCUCGGGACCCAGUCCCGACGUGAUAUCACAGGAGGCCUUCAUCGCGGAGAUCAAGAGGCUGAGGGAGCGUCUGGUGACUCUGGAGACGGAGAACGCAGCCCUCAGCAUGAAGCUGAGUCAGCAGCAGUGGGAGGUGGAGCAUCGUCUAGCAGAGAUCGAAAUGCAGAUUUGUGGGGCCAGCAGUGCUGACAGCAGUGCAGAAGACAACGAGAGAAACAGGGAAAGCAUCAUUUAACAAAGAUGGCGGCGAGAAGACCUUCGAUUGGUCAACAGGCGGGACGAGCUAGCCUCUUUAACUGUUUAAACUAUACUUGACCAAGGAUAUUGACUCGAGUUAUUUCCUACAACCUAACUAAAUUUUAGUUACACCGUGGGUGGUAUGGUGGUAUAACCUAUUGCAUGGUUGUACAUAGAGCACACACAUGGGGGGGGGUUAACUCAUUGUUGUCACCACCCCUUAGCAAUUACUUGCUCUACACUAGGUAAAUGGAACUGUGAACUUCCAUUAAUUCAGAAAUCAAUAACAAGAUGGUACUUUUAUAAACUUUUACCAACAAAACGCAUUCCCUGCUGUUAGUGCAACGUUAUAUUUUUAGUUUUGUUUUUGAAUGAUAUUAAUAUUACAGUUUCUAUGUAACUUUUCAACUUAAAUACUGAUACAAAGAAUGAAUAAUAUUUUAUGUACAAAGGUUGACAAAAAGAAAAAUCUGUUCAAUUGUUAUUAAAUAAUUAUGUAUGUAGCUUGCUUGAAGUAUGAGUCAAUGGGAAAACUAUUUUGGCUGAAGUAACGAAUUAAAAGGAUGUUUGGAUUACAGCUUGUAAAAUACGAUAAUUUAUAUUUGUUUUAGUUUUUAAAGACUUUUGUGCCACAAGUAUAAAUAUUGUACUGUAAAGAAGAAGUAUUUGUACCUGGAUAUAAAAUACACUUAUUUGCCUGGACGUGUUGCUGGUUAUAGCGGGUUAAGCACUAUGGUUAUUUGUACAGCCAACCUUCUUACGAGUCUGAGAAUUUUUAUCUCAUCGUCUAUCAUAUAUUUAAAAGUGGAUUCGAAGAUACUUACAAAGUAUUUUUAUAGGUUAUUAUUUCAAACAACCAAAUAAUCUAGUAGGCUGUGCGAUGAAUUGGUUAGUAGAAAACUUCAAGUACUACAAUUUCUUUUUCAUAGUAUUACCAAACGGCUGUUUCAUCAUAAAAAUAUUUUUAUUUUAUUUUUAAGCACUAUGCAGCAGGGUCAACUAAUAUUUUAAGUAGAACUUUUUUCCGGUUUAAGAAUCCAUCUUGCUUCCAAACUGGCCUAAAUGUACAGAAAAACUUGGUUGUUUAUUGUAAUGUUAGGCUUCAUACUAAUGGCUUUAUACAAUUUAAAACC